CAGACGAACAAACGGUUGGGUUUUCAUAACCAGGAUUCCAACUCCGAAGCUGUGGUCGCUGAGGACUCCCCCCUCCACGCAACCCAACACCCGUAACAUUCCAUCCUCCCCGGCAACCAAAACAUAUAUUAAACCAAGUUCCAGCUGUUUCUUUAACUCUUCUCUGGUCCCAAUUUCCCGACAUCACGAUCAAAAAAGUCUUCCCCACUUCAUCUGCUCUCGCCUAGCAGGACAAAGCAAAUGCAAGUCCUUCCUGCAUCCCUCUCCACCAUCUCUGUACCAAACGCUGUAAAAGCACACAGCUGAGCAAAAGAAUUGGCCAGCAAAGAGUACAGAGGGGAAAAGGCAUGGGUCAGUCCAGCAGCACAAGAAGAAGAAGAUACCACCACCACCACCACCACCACCACCACUACCACCCCUCUUCCACCACCCAAAAUUUCCCCACUUCUUUCUACCCCUCUUCCUUUCGUUCUCCACCAAACUUUGGCCGCUCUAAUCGUCCUCCACCACCACCCUCUCCUCCACCCAGGUAUCUUGUUUCUUUUCCAUCCACUCCUUACGAUGCCCAUCAUCCUUCCCCCAUAUCCCCUUCUCAGCCGUCCUCUUCUUCCGAUCGAGGGAGUGGGAGGCGGGCUCCCUCUUCCUCGUCCUUUCGUUCUUCUACUUUUUCUUCUUCUGUUAAUGAGAUGAUGGUUGCUUCGGGGCAGGCGGCUUCGCAUGCCGAGCAUCAGACGGCGACGACCGUUAAAAACUAUGUGAAUUUGCAUAAGAAUUCGAUCCGGCUGGAGCCGGACAAGCUCAAUCCCAAUCACCAUCUGGUUUCCUUCACUUUUGAUUCCUUGGUGGAUGGCAGUUUUACUAUCCUUUACUUUGCAAAGGAAGGGUUGAAUUGUAGUUUUUCCCUCCUUUAUCCUGACUUGUGCGUGGAUGUAAGCAUACCUUUCCAAAAAGGAGUGAGUCAGAAAUUUCUCCAGCCAUCAGGAACCGGAAUGGACCUGGGUUUCUUUGAGUUGGAUGAACUUUCAAAGCCAUUAAAUGGAUGUUUCUUUCCACUGGUUAUCUAUGCUGAAGCUUAUACACUGCAUCUUCCAAAAGAUGAACUUACAUGUGAGUCGUCAGCUGCAGCCCGUGCUCAGAUUACUGAAGCAGUCUUAGAGAAAAAUAAUCAUGUGUCUUUCCAAGUAAAAGUUAUAAAACAAAUAUUAUGGGUCAAUGGUGAAUGCUACGAAUUGCAAGAAAUUUUUGAUGUUGGGAUUUCAGCAGAAGCAGGAUUUGAUGGUGAUGAUUCUGAAAAGCAAUGUGUUAUCUGUAUGUCUGAAUCAAGGGAUACUGCUGUGCUUCCUUGUCGACAUAUGUGUAUGUGCAGUGAAUGUGCAAAUGCAUUGAGGCUUCAAUCAAAUAAGUGCCCUAUAUGUCGCCAACCUAUUGAAACAAUAAUGCAGAUACCAAACAAAGACAAGGAGAAAGAAAUGCAGAAUGUUCUGAAGCAUAAAUGGCUGCAUUGAGCUAUUGAUGUUGAACUGUGAACAUGAUAGCUUCUGCAGUUUCCGUGUUCCUCUUAGCUCAUCCUGGAUGACAUAUUGUCGUAUUGUUCUGAUGUCUUUCAUUCCUACAUUUUUAUAUUUGCAUGUGUAUGAGCCCAUUAUAUAACAAUGUCCAUAUUUUACUUAUUUUGUUGUAUAUUUAUCAUUCCAUUGUAUUACAGGAUUUGGAGUUUCAGUUAGAAGAGUUUAUAUAUGCAACUCAUGAACAGAAAUGCUUUUGUAUGCA